ACAAACCUCAAAAACAGAAAACUUAAUAAUAUUUCCCCCAGAAUUUGAGAAGCGAAAAACCACUCUUCGUCAUCUCUCUCCAUUAAGGCUCUGCAAUUUAGGUUAUCAGGUGGAUACGACGACGUUUGGCAUUGUGAUUCAAGGUGAAGAAGAAAAUGGAGAAUAAAUCAAUUUAACGCAAUUAACAAAAAAAUCCAUGAAUUAGUGAAGACGAGUAAGGGAAGGCAAAAACCAUGAACCCUACCGAUGCUUUCGUCGAGGAAAUCACCGAAAUUGAAUUCAACCGGAAUGAAGAGGAGAGAACGCAAGUGAGAGAAGAUGGAAUCGUGGAGAAUAAUCACGAGACAUUGACAGGGCAGAUUGAGAAACUUGACGAAAUGAAGGCUGAUGGUGCUUUGGACAAAACUAGAAAACAGAAAAAGAGGCAGUUUGAGGAUAGACUCAACCAUGUGACGAAAAAAACGAAGGUUUAUUUAGAGCCAUUUGAGGAAUUUGAUUGCAGUGAAUAUUUUGUGAGAAAUGAGGCAUUUGACAGUAAAGAGGAACUCAAAGAAUGGGCAAAGUCAAUUGGUCGGGAUCACGAUAUGUUUCUAAUUACACAGAGUACGAGCAGAGGUAAAAUAACUAUAACGUGCGAGCGUUACGGUAAAGCACGAAAUAAAUCAAAUAUUGACGUGGAGAGCACAAAAUUUAAGGGCUCAAAGAAAUGCCGGUGUCCUUUCGCCUUGUCUGGCCGGAAGAAAAAAAACGGGUUAUGGAAACUGUCGAUAUCAAACGGGAAGCACAACCACCCCUUGAAGAUAUACGGGCACUCGUUCGGUCACGGAUUAAGUCCAGAACAGUAUGAAACUGUUGCAGCUUUGAUAAUGAAUCGUGUAAAACCGAAGGAGAUUUUGGACAGCCUAAGGCAGGAGAAUCCAGGCAUCAGAACAUCGAUGAAAGAUAUCUAUAAUGCGGUGAACAAGUUCAAAGCUGAAACUAUUGGUUUGAAGACGAUUAUGCAACAGUUCUUGCAUUGUAUUCAGGAAAAUAAGUACGUAAAGUGGCACCGAGCGGAUCCGAGUACAGACCAGAUAAUGGAUAUUAUGUUCGCCCAUCGGCAGUCAAUCGAGCUGCUAAAGCUAUUCCCAUAUGUACUACUAAUGAAUUCCACACACAAGAUUAACAAGUACAAAAUGUGUCUAUUGGAGAUUAUCGGAGUGACUCCUGUAGGGAAGUACUUCAAUGUUGCAGUGGCGUUUUUGAGAAAUGAAUCUGAGGAGCACUACGAAUGGGCACUGGGGAACUUGAGGUCUCUGUUCGACAAUGGCGUGGGGCCCGGCGUGAUUGUGACGCACAGGGAGUCGAGCCUGAUGAAGGCGUUAGAUUACGUUUUUCCACGUACAUACCACCUUCUCUGUUUAGCCCAUAUAAACGAAAAUGUUCAGUUAAAUGCAAGAAAGUUUAUGGGCAGCAAAGAACUUGGUGACGAAUUCACGUGCGGGGAGUGGAAAAAGCUCGUGAAUUCUCAAUCGCUGCAUGAAUUCGAGACGAACCAUGCGCAAAUAUUGCGUGACCACCAGAGUAACGCUCUGCUCUUAACGUACCUCAAAGAGACUUGGCUUGUGUACAAGGAUAGAUUUGUAGAUGCUUGGACCAAUCAAGUUAUGCACUUUGGAAACACGAAAAUGAACACGUAUUUUCUUAAUUGUACGCUACUCCAUUCGUCUCUGAAAAUGUGGUUGGGCUCGUCGACCGACAAAUUCGACAAUGUGUGGAAGCAGGUCGACUCGCAGUUUGAGUGUCAGAUCAACGAAAUACUAUCGGAACUUGCCAAAUCCAGCAAGAUUCAAGAGCGCGUCGUGACGUAUCCGUGCUUUCGGAAUUUGGAAGGAGUCGUCGUGCAAGAGGCACUAAGCAUGAUGUAUAAAGAGCACAGAGUUGGACACUCUCGAGAAUCGUGCAAGUGCGCUCUGAGACUGACUCACGGCCUCCCUUGCGCGCACGAGAUUGCGGAGAAAGAGCGCGACGGAGACGCGUUCGACGGUGAGGAUGUUCAUUCGUUCUGGAGGACUAUGAGUACGGACGCUUUGUCGUCCAUCGAUUUUCAGUCGGAUCACAACGAAGAAGUUAGAGACAAGGAACUUAGAGCUCGGCUGGUUGGAUUGGUCGAAGAGUUGCUUUUGCUGCCUAUAAACGAACAGAAGGAAAUACUAAAGGAACUUUAUCUUUGCUACAAACCUACAAGUCAACCGAAGAAGAAUCUACCUGCGAGAUCUUCGUCAGGAUCUAGAGGUCAUAGUCUGUCAUUAGCUUUGUUGACCGCCCCACAAGAAAAGACGAGUACUAAGUUUGACUUUACUGGAUUUAUACCACCUUUUGUGGUUCCCAGUAUAUUAUCUUGGGUCGAUGUAAUAGGCGAUGGUAACUGUGGGUACAGAUGUGUAGCAGAAGUUGUAAUGGGAAGCCAGGAUCACUGGAUGAAGGUGAGAAAAGCCUUGUUCAUGGAACUUUCCGAUCGGUUCGAAAUGUACACGAAGGUGUACGGUGGUGGGGCGGAAGGGGAGCAGUACGUGGCUAGUAUGAUGUCGUCGCUGUGUCACUGGACGGACACUUCAGCACCAGUGGAGCGGUGGAUGACUCUGUCGGAUAUGGGGUUAGUUAUAGCCACGCAUUAUAACGUGAUGGUGUUGGAGCUGUCUUCGAGACAGAACCUGACGCAUUUGCCCUUGGUUUCGCCGGACGGUGCCGGGCAGUUAUCGUCCGUGGUGGGUAUAGGAUACGAAGCGACUGCGAAGCACUUUGUUCUGCUGCGUGUGUCGGAUGAAUGUCCCGUGCCGCCGUUUAAUCCGCAGUGGCGGCGGUACAAGCAGCCGAGUGUUGCUUACUUGGAGAACUUAUUUGCUAGAAGGUGUCGCAUGUGGGAGCUACUAUCAGCUGCAAUGUAAUAGAGAUAAACUUGUCUUCGAAACAACAGAUGUUAAUUAUCGUAAUUAUUGUCGUCAUUUCGAAUGCACUGUAAUGUUAGGAUAAAACGAACAUUCUUAGUCAAAUUUGGUGAGCUCGAACUCGAGCCGAGCCUGUCGAGGUCGAGCUCAUCUCAUCUUAUAUA